GGAGGCGCAGGGGACGAUCCCGCCUCUGCGGGCGCUGCUGGUUCGCACUCUGCCGCUCUGCGGGGCAGGCAUGGGAGCGGCGCGCGUCCUCUCGGCGCCCACACCUGUCUGAGCGGCGCACGGCCGCGGCCCCGGCGGGCUGCUCCACGACGUGGUGCUCAGCAUGACGGGGAUCCCAGGGCUCCUCCUCCUCCUUAUCCUGCUCUGUGUUGUCAGGCAGGUGAGUCCUUACAGUGCCCCAUGGAAACCUACUUGGCCAGCUUACCGCCUCCCCGUAGUCUUGCCCCAGUCUACCCUCAACUUAACAAAGCCAGACUUUGGUGCUGAAGCCAAAUUGGAGGUGUCCUCCUCUUGUGGACCCCAGUGUCACAAGGGGGUUCCACUGCCCACCUAUGAGGAGGCCAAGCAGUACCUUUCCUAUGAAACCCUCUAUUCCAAUGGCACCCGCACAGAGACUCGGGUGGGCAUCUACAUCCUCAGCAAUGGUGAAGGCAGGGCGCAACACCGAGACCCAGAAACUGCGGUAAAGUCUCGGAGGAAGCGGCAGAUUUAUGGCUCUGACAGCAGAUUUAGCAUUUUUGGGAAGGACUUCCUACUCAACUAUCCUUUCUCAACAUCGGUCAAGUUAUCUACGGGCUGCACUGGCACCCUGGUUGCAGAGAAGCACGUCCUCACAGCUGCCCACUGCAUACACGAUGGGAAAACGUAUGUGAAAGGAACACAGAAACUCCGAGUGGGCUUCCUGAAGCCCAAGUAUAAAGAUGGUGGUCGAGGAGCCAACAGCUCGAGCUCAGCCAUGCCAGAGAAGAUGAAAUUUCAGUGGAUCCGGGUGAAACGCACCCAUGUGCCCAAGGGUUGGAUCAAGGGCAAUGCCAACGACAUUGGCAUGGAUUAUGACUAUGCUCUUCUGGAACUCAAGAAACCCCACAAGAGGAAGUUCAUGAAGAUCGGGGUGAGCCCUCCUGCUAAGCAGCUGCCAGGAGGCAGGAUCCACUUCUCUGGUUAUGACAAUGAUCGGCCAGGAAAUUUGGUGUACCGCUUCUGUGAUGUCAAAGAUGAGACGUACGACCUGCUCUACCAGCAGUGUGAUGCCCAGCCUGGGGCCAGUGGUUCAGGGGUCUAUGUGAGGAUGUGGAAGAGACAGCAGCAGAAAUGGGAGCGAAAAAUUAUUGGCAUCUUUUCAGGGCAUCAGUGGGUAGACAUGAAUGGCUCUCCACAGGACUUUAAUGUGGCUGUUAGAAUCACGCCCCUCAAAUAUGCCCAGAUUUGCUACUGGAUUAAAGGAAACUACCUGGACUGCAGGGAGGGGUGACACUGUUUCUUCCCGGAAGAUUCAAGGGCUUUAUAUGCUCAUUGUGGGAAAGGUCACAUUUUAUCACCAGGCUCCUCUGCGUGUGUGGGUGUGUAUGUGUUGUAUAAUAUCUUCUAUCCAAUUUUCUUAAAAUUGCAAAAACACUGGCUUUAUCAUUUGAAAACUGGUGUAUCAUACAUAUCCUUUAAGCAGUUUGAAAGCAUACAUUUGCAUAGAGAUUAAAGAAUUCCAAUAUUUGGGGCAGCAGGGAAUAUUUGGCAAUUAAAAGUUUACUUUUUUGAGAACUUUGAUUUUUAUUUUAUCUAAACUUGCUUCAAAGAUUUAUAUUAAAUGUGUAACAUACAGGAGAUAUGAAUUCUUACACUUGCGUGUUUUCUUCUGAGAUUCUUAUCUUAAUAUUUUUGUAAUGCCCAGUUAUUAAUGCUCCCAGAUGGUAAUUUAACUCUUAGGAAUGAUCAGAGCAUGAAUAAGCAGUUAAAAUAUUUUGGAUUCAGAGGCAUUUACACAGUAGUCCUUGAUCAGAAAAAAUAAUUUAUUGACUGUAUUAAUACACAUUUAAACUGCAUCUUUCCGUAAAGAGAAUCCCCGUGCUGCCUUAGUUUGAAAAUAAAGUUUUCUCUUCCAAA